UAUAAAGUUUCAAAAAAUCUUCGAUUUCAUUUUCAUUUCACCUCCAAUAAGAUUACGUGGACGAUUUUAUUAAAAAGUUGAAUUAACUUUACAUUUUAAGUCACAAGAGACAAAAUGGUCACAAAAUUCGUGCUUCUGGUUUCAGCUAUUGCUUUAUUUAGCAGUGCUAAUGGCCAAAGUUGCCAAAACCCCAAAGUUGAAGCCGCAUCGUUUACAAGUUUAGAUGCGACUAUCGUCACUCAAAUUGCCUAUAUUACAGAAUUUACCUUAGUUUGUGACAGCCCAUUGCCUCCAAACUAUGCGUUAUACGCUGAAGUUGAUGGAAAACCUUUAACAGCUGCUCGUAUCGGAGAAAACAAAUAUCAGGUAUCAUGGACUGAAGAACCAGCUGCCGCUCGCUCCGGCAUGCAUGAAGUAAGAGUACUAGACGAGGAAGGCUGGGCGUCACUCCGUCGCGCGCGCCGUGCUGACCCCACAGCAACAGUUGCACCUUUACUGGCUAUACAGUUAAAUCACCCUGGCAGUUACUCCGGUCCAUGGGUCAAUUCGGAAGUCCUCGCCACUGCUCUCUCUGUCCUCAUCGCAUACAUCGCUCUGCACAACAAGAGCAAGAUUCUAGCAUAAAUGUUAUAAUUUAAUUUAUUUUAUAAGAAAAAUAAAUGUUUAAUUUAUGAAUAAUAAAUUUAUUACAAUUAA